UUCAUUCAUGCUAACUUUACAGUCGAGUCUUUGCAAUUUUCUCUCCAUUCUCCCAGUUGCAGUUCUCCGUCAAAUUCUGAUUAAAAUGUGGUUAUCAAUCCGUAGUAUAGUCACCUACAUCGUUUUUGCUGUAGUGAUUGACCAGCUUGCUCGGAUCGCAUAUAUGAUGGGAUUUCACAAGACUGUAUACACACAUUAUCCUGGGAAGUGUAGAGCUCUACCAGGAAUUGAAAAUGGAUCUGAGGAUAUAGUGACCUCGUCAAAUGGACUUGCAUUCAUAUCCGCUGGUGUCUUGAAAGCAUUUGAACCUGAUCAAGAUAUAUUGGGUAAAGUCUUUCUCUUUGACUUCAAUUAUCCUGAUGAUGAUCCUAAAAACAUCCAGAUUGUUGGAUUUGAUCCCUCAGACUGGAUACCCUUUGGAAUGGACAUUUGGGAGAGUGGGCCAAAAGAUAAUCCCACACUGACCCUGUAUGUUAUCAAUCGGCACCCCGAUAGAAUAGGGAUUGAGGUGUUUGACUUUUCAUACCAGAAGAAGAUACCUACCUUAACACAUCAGAGAAGAAUACACCACAAGAAUAUUUGGAGUCCCAAUGAUCUAGUUCUGGUGGAUGAAAAUCAUUUUUAUGCAUCGAAUGACAAGUAUCUCCCAGAACCUUUCAACAUGCUUGAGGUGUUUUUUCGACUUGGAUUAGCGAGCGUGGUCUACUAUGAUGGAGAGGAGGCUAGGAUUGUUGCUGAAGGAGUGAAACUUGCCAACGGUGUGAACAUAUCACCUGACAAAAAGUUAUUGUAUGUAGCUGGAACAAUUGGAAAUGAACUAUUAGUCUACAGAAUCCAAAAUUAUGGAAAUCUAGUACAAGCAAAGGCCAUUCAGCUUGGGACUUCUCCCGACAACAUCAACAUUGAUAAAGAAGAUGGAUCUGUUUGGAUUGGUAAUAAUCCUGUGAUGUAUCAUUUCUUCAACCAAUUGGGGAAAUUCACUGGAGUUGGACAGGUUUUGAAUAUGCACCUGGACAAGAAGCUGAAUCCAACCAUUCGAGAGGUCUUAUCGGAUAACACAGGACUGAUACGGUAUUGUAGUGUUGCAUGUCGCUAUGGAAACAGAUUGCUCAUAGGGACAGUUGCUGAUAAAGCUGCUUAUUGUGAAGGGGUUACGUUCUAAACAUGUCAGUGGGAAAUAAAGCAAUAUUGAACAGUGAUUGAUUCAUAUUAUUGAUUGCUGAGUAAUUGAGCUAUAAAUAUCACUUUGAAAAUAAAACAGAAAAUGUGAUGUUAACUUUGGCUGCUAGUACAUUCCUGCUGAGGUAAUGAUAAAAACUGGAAUCCAAUGAAAUGACUACCAAUGUGAAAUUACAUGCCAAUUGAUUCCAGUAGCAAUCAGUUAUUGUUGUGGGAUGUGUACUCCACUGCUGUCCACCAUGUCAGUAAAUGGAAUACGACAAGACACAUGAUGGUGGAUGGGCUUUAUACCAUUGCAGCAAAAUUUUUCUUUCUUUAAUUUUCCAAUACUUGAUGCCAAUUUCCUGUGUAAUAUCUUACCAACUCACAUGCAGUAUUUCAAUAUAUAUUUUUC